UACCCGCCACAAAUCUUAUCCGUCCGUCUAACCCUAUAAUCCACGUGUAACCAUCAAAAUCAAGGUGCGCAUUACGCACUACGUUCGCGCUAUCACACUUCGUUGUGGUUUAAUGAUUCACCCACCCAUCUACUCUUUCGACUAAGGCGAAGAAAACUAGAGAAGGAAAUAGUGACUGAAAUUGAGAGAAAAUCUUACUAAACCACAGCUCAUACUCUCUCACAUUCACUCUUGAGAGAGAGAGAGAGAGUGGAAAUUUGGGUUUUCGAUUUCUUCACUGUUUUUCUCUUUGCUUUACAUCAUUUUAGAAAAGGUAAAUUAACUUCCCAAAUUACUUGGCACAUUUUUAGUUUCAAGAUCUAUGAACCCAGAUCUGUAAAGGCUUAAUCUUUUUACUGAAUUCUUGCAUUGUAUUAAUCUGGGUACUUUUGUUUUGGCCUUAAUAAAUAGAUUUAAUUCAUUGUAAGGGUUUUUAGUUCGUAAAAGAAUGUUGGGCCGUUCUGGGUUAUAUAGAAGUGGAAGCUUUAGGCCAGAGAAUCUGGGACAAAAUGCUUUACAUAUGAUUGGCAAUCUUUGUUUCACUAUCUUUGUAAUAGGUGUCCUAGUUUUCACUAUUAUAGCUGCUACUUAUGAGCCAGAGGACCCUCUUUUCCGCCCUUCAACAAAGAUCACAACUUUCCUCACUUCCACAUCAAAUGCCACAUUUAAAUCGGAUAGCACCGUUGUUAGAACCGGAGAGGAUUUUAUGGCUGCCAAUCAGACUGCAUUUGCCACUUUUAUCAAUGUGACGGAUGUAGUAGAACUCAAGGAGGCAAGUACGGAUGAAACUAGUUCAACUGGAUGUGAGGGUGAUUCGAAAGGACCACUGGAUUGUAAGGACCCGGAAGUGUUCCAUUUGAUGAUGAAAGUGGCAAUUGAGCAUUUUAAGGAUAUACAUUUUUAUCGGUUCGGGAAGCCUGCUUCUGGCCCUGAGGAGAAUACUUGUGAUAUGGCAUGGCGGUUUAGGCCUAAGGAAGGGAAGACAGCUGCUUUUUAUAAGGAUUAUAGGCGGUUUGUGAUUAAUAGAUCAGAGAACUGUACACUUAGCGUGGUAAGCAUUGGGGAUUAUCAUUCAGGUGUGAAUGCGAGGAAGAAGAAGAAUAAGAAUCAAAAGCCUGGAUUUGAGAAGACGUCUAGGAGGCAGGAGCAAGGUGGUGUGUCUUUGCCUGUUGUUGGCGAAACAGUAAACGAUUCACUUCCAGUGGUUGAGUCUGAAAAUGCUUUUAGAAAUGGGAAGUACUUGAUUUAUGUGGGUGGUGGAGAUAGGUGCAAGAGCAUGAACCAUUAUUUGUGGAGUUUCUUGUGUGCAUUGGGUGAAGCGCAGUACUUGAAUCGAACGCUGGUUAUGGAUUUGACACUUUGUUUGUCUUCAAUUUACACUUCGUCAAAUCAGGAGGAGGAAGGGAAGGACUUUAGGCUUUACUUUGAUUUUGAGCAUCUGAAGGAGGCAGCAUCAGUGUUGGAUCAGGGGCAGUUUUGGCUAGAUUGGAACAAAUGGCAAAGAAAAGAUCGAUUGAGUCUUUAUCUUGUUGAGGAUUUUAGGGUGACGCCAAUGAAGCUUUCUGAGGUGAAGGAUUCGUUGAUUAUGAGAAAGUUUGGAUCUGUGGAGCCAGAUAAUUACUGGUACAGGGUUUGUGAAGGAGAGACAGAAUCUGUUGUUCAAAGGCCAUGGCAUCAGAUAUGGAAAUCAAGAAGGUUGAUGGAUAUAGUGUCAGCAAUUGCUUCAAGGUUGAACUGGGAUUAUGACUCUGUUCACAUUGUGAGAGGGGAGAAGGCGAGGAACAGGGACGUCUGGCCUAAUCUUGCGCAAGAUAUGUCACUUGAUGCCCUUAUCUCAGCCUUGCAGGAUAAGAUUGAAGAUGGGAGGAAUGUGUAUAUUGCAACGAAUGAAACUGACACAUCUUUCUUUGAACCUUUGAAAGACAAAUAUUCCAUUCAUUUUCUUAAUGACUAUAAGGAUCUUUGGGAUGAGAAUAGUGAGUGGUAUUCAGAGACAACAAAGCUUAACAAUGGAGUUCCAGUUGAAUUUGACGGCUACAUGAGGGUUUCUGUUGAUACAGAAGUUCUCUUUAGAGGGAAGAAGCAGAUUGAGAGUUGAAACUUUCAAUGAUCUGACUAACGAUUGCAAAGACAGUGUUAACACCUGCAAUACUGCCACCGGUUAAUCCCCAAAUAUGAGGUCUGAGACCUGGUUGCGACAAUUGGGUACAUCCACGUGUAUUUUUAGCUAUUGUCUUUGUUACCUUCAAUAAACUUUAUUAUGCCUUACCUGGUAGUUGUGUCGUUGAGUGGUAUUUCUUGAAUUUUGUACUUAUAGAAUAUUGACUAUCAAUGUUUCAUGUCUUGGCAUCAUUUUGAGGCUCUAGACUAAGUUGAACUUGAUUGUCAACUAUUUUGAUCUUCCGUGCUAUAUUGUUGUCUUGUGAUGGAAUUUGCCUUUUAAAAUGCCUUUUUCAAAUUGGUCUUUGCUUUGUCAAAGUCCCUAGACAUUGAUCUGUGGAUAUAUUAUGCUUUUGCCAAUUAAGCCUGGCGUGGUUAGUUUGUCAAUCAGAAUCAAGAUGUAAGAUCUAAAAGAAGAAAAGAGCUUGUAUUAAAGAUUGAAAGGAAAAUAGCAAUUCAACUUUGCUAAUUGCUAUAAAGGAAUGCUUUAGCAUGCCAUUUCUUGAA